GAGCAGUCGGUAUCGCGAAGCUCCACGCCUCACCACGAAACACGGCUCCCGAAGCUCCGGAUAGCUCCCGUUCGACGAUUGACGCCCUUCGAAUUGCUCGAUCUUCAAGGACCCAAGCUCUAAGCUUCCACUGCCGCCCUGUCUGACCUUGUCCCUCCACAAUCCACCCGACGAACAACGACCAGGGAACUCGAGAAAAGACUACACAAUGGCUUCUACCCUCGCCGCCUCUCUCCGGGCCUUGACCCUCAGCACCGCCCGUGCAACGAUCCCCCGCGCCGCCAGCACCACGGCCACAGCCACUGCGACGCGCGCCCUCUCGACGGCGAUCCUGACGAAGCAGCCGGCGCAGAAGAGCGAGUCGAUGCUCGCGCAGGUUGGAAAGAGCGCCUCGGGCGUGGUAAAUGCCGUGGUGCAGCAGACGAGGGGGAUGAAGGUGCACAGCUCCGUUAAAAAGAGGUGUGAGCACUGCAAGAUUGUCAGACGCAAGGCGGGCAAGAGACACAACGGAUACCUGUACGUCAUCUGCAAGGCGAACCCCAGACACAAGCAACGUCAAUCUUGAGAGAUUCCCCGGUCAUUGGGUUAGAGAGGAUGCUAUCAACAGAGUCGAGUGUAUGAAGAAACCGUGUACCAUACAGAGAGAAGGGAGAGGAGUGCCAUUGGGCAGUGGGCGACGGCACGUGAGGAAUGUCGCGACUGUAGACAAAGUCGGGAGACGAACCAUGGGAAGCCAUGCCAAUCCCAUUGGAGUUUUUAGAAAGAUCCCCCUCAUCACGGGCACCUUGCAGCUGUAGAAGCAAAUCACGGCAAGGAUUAGACCUUUGUGGUGUGUAUUAUACAGAGAUUCU